AUGUUGCCUGUUGCCACACGAUGCUCUCGUACAAGAGCCAUUGCGGCGCGCACCGUGCUGCCAUCUGCUGCUACCAUUAGCCAGCAUGUGUGCACGUCUGCGCUCUUGUCCGGCAGCUUGUUGCGGCAAACAAGAUCCUUCAGGUCCAGCAACGAACUGGAGGCUGCUGUGACAUCUCCGAUAAGAUCUCCAACACCAUCCAAGAAAGCUUCGUCCGGUGCAACUUCACGCCUCGUGCCGUUGAGCCCAACCUCGCAAUCGAAGUUCCCACCACCCUCUUUCCCGCCCUCGUUCGGAUCGAACCAGCUCGUUCCCGUCUCGGACCAAACGAAUAGACGUCUACACGCCAUCCUUGUAUGCUUCGAUGCACCUGUUCGAUUCGCUUUUGCUUACGGCUCUGGCGUCUUUUCGCAGAGCGAAGCUGGACCAGAACACGCGAAACGACCUCAGACCAAGGACGGCAAAAAGAUGAUCGACUUCAUCAUGGCGGUGACACAUCCCCAGCAUUGGCAUUCGCUCAACAUGGCGCAACAUCCUAGACACUACUCGCUGCUCAGUAGGCUGCUUGGCAGUUUUGGCAUCGGGCUGGUGCAGCAGAGAGGCGCUAAGAUCUGGUACAAUCCUUACAUCCAGCUUGAAGAUGAGCUGAUCAAGUACGGCAUCAUCAGCGUCGACGACCUAUGCACCGACUUGCUCGAUUGGGAGACGCUCUACGUGAGUGGACGCAUGCACAAGCCCGUUGCGCUCAUCACCUCGGAUGCCAGGGUGCGGCUCGCACAGCAAGUCAACCUCGCCUCGGCGCUGCGCACUGCGCUCCUGUUGCUGCCCCGGGAGUUCACCGAGGUGGAGCUGUACACGCGGAUUGCUUCGCUAAGCUAUACGGGCGACUUUAGAAUGUCGGUGCCCGGAGGCGAGAAUUCGAACAAAGUGCGCAACAUUGUGCUCAACCAGCGCGAAGAGUUCCGACGGUUGUACGCCGGGCUCAUGCGCAACUUGGGCACACUGUCGGUCGAGGAGGUGAGGGGCAAUCGGUUCAAGAUCGAGCAGGACGACUCUGUCUCAACACGCGCCUCGUAUGCGGCUCGCUUGCCGCGUUGUCUUCGCCAGAAGGUGCAAGAUCACUACACAUCCCAGCCUCACUUGGACCCUGCCUUCCUCAAGCUGUCGCUGUCCAAGACACUCGACACAGUGCCACGGUCGCCAUCGAGCAUCGAGCGUGAAGAGAAGCUCAACGCCUUCUGGAGAGCAGCGGUGCAGCGAGAAGACUUUGCAGAGGUACUUUUGCACCAGAUUGGCAAAACUGUCAAAGGCCCUGCGUGGUCGCAGUCGAUCAAGGGCAUCUACACGGCAGGCUUUACGCGGACGCUCCGCUAUGUCGGUGCAAAGAUCGGAAAGUACUUUGAAGGGAAGAAGCAGACGGACCCGUCUUCGUAG